AUACAUAGCUCACCUGUCAGUGAGCUGCUCUCAGUAACUGUCUGCUACAUCCAGGUUUCAAGAAGGGAAACUGUUUGUGAAAUGGCAUAUUUUGGAAAUUCUGUUUUUAAGGGAGUGGAUCUCCACCCUAGGAACAACAACUUCCUCCACCACACCAGUGAGAUCUCUGUGGAUCAGCUGAUCGUGAGGCGAGGUCAGCCCUUCAAACUGACCCUGAAUGUGACGCAGCCUUUCAACCCUAAACUGCACCAGCUGCUCAUCACUGCAAAGACAGGACCAAUUCCAACGGAGAAACAGGGGACGCUUUCACUCUUCGGCAUCCCAGAUGAGGUGACCCGCUCCCGUUCAGCGAUAGCAGGAUGGAGGGCGGAUCUGCACAAGGACUCCUCCCUGCAAACUCUGGUCCUCAACCUCACCCCCCCGGCUGUGGCCCCUGUGGGGGAGUGGAUCCUGACUGUGAAACUCGGGGGGGAGGAGAUGCCGCUGGGGAAGCUGGUGGUGCUCUACAACCCCUGGUGUCCCGUUGACUGGGUGUAUCUGAAGGAUGAGAAGGAGAUAAAUGAGUACGUGAUGAAUGAACAAGGAGUAAUCUACAAAGGAACUAAAAACUACAUCUUCCCUUUAGACUGGGACUUUGGACAGUUUGAGGACAACAUGGUGGACAUUUGUUUGAGGAUGUUGGACCUUAACCUCAAACAUGGUAAAGACCCUGCUGAAGAUGUCUCCGCUCGCUGUAACCCCAUCUACGUCAGCCGCGUGGUCAGCGCCAUGAUCAACUCUGCGGAUGAUAGUGGGGUCCUGGAGGGAAAAUGGUCUCCUUCAUAUAGUGGGGGUCAAUACCCCACUCACUGGAGCGGAAGUUACCCCAUCCUGCGGCAAUGGUACGACCUUGGAUCCCACCCCGUGAAGUUCGGACAGUGCUGGGUGUUCGCCGGGGUCAUGUGCUCAGUGAUGCGCCUGCUGGGCAUCCCCUGCCGUGUGGUCACCAACUUUCAGUCAGCCCACGACACCAACAGCAAUCUGACCAUUGACGAGUACCACUCCGACUAUGGAGUCGUAAAGAAAACAGGCCCAGACAGCAUUUGGAACUUCCACGUGUGGACGGAGGCGUGGAUGAGGCGGCCUGAUCUUGCAAAUAACGGAACAUUUGACGGUUGGCAGGUUCUGGAUCCAACACCACAGGAGAGGAGCAACAAUGUUUACUGCUGUGGUCCAACUCCGGUGAAAGCCAUCCUGAAAGGAGAGUCAAACCAAAAAUAUGACACCCCAUUUGUCUUCUCCGAGGUCAACGCCGACUGUGUCGACUGGCGGAUCAAAGCUGACAACUCAGAGGUGAAAAUGUCCACUGACACUGAGAAAGUGGGUAAAAAUAUCUCCACCAAGUCUGUCGGUUCAAGGAAGAGGAUGGACAUCACCGACAGUUACAAACACAGAGAGGGAUCAGAGAAGGAGAGGGCUGUCUUUAAAUACGCCGAAACCAAAGAUUACUCCAAAGCUGAUGAUGAUGAGGAGUUGGGGACGUUUGAAGUGAUGGAGGAGGACGAGGAGGACGAUCAGACAGACGACAAUGUUGAGGUUGAAGAGACAGAGGAGGGCGCCCAGAGUGAAGAGGAAGAAGAUGAUGAGAGUGAAGAGGAGGAUGGGAAAGAGGAGGGGAAUGGGACCAAUGGAAGUCCGGAUGCAGUAACAGAGCCAGUGAUCAUGCAUUUUGAAGAGGUGACUCCGCCGAGGAACGGUAAGGAUGUGAGGCUGAAGCUGGUGCUGCAAAGUGAGAGCAGCUCCGUCAGAUCGCUCUCCGUCAACAUCAGCGUCCAGGCCAUCAGGUACAACGGUGUACCGACCAUGAACAUCCAGACAAGGGUGAAGGACAAGAUACUGCUGCCCAGGAGAGAUCUGUUCAUCCCGAUCCGAGUCCCAUUCCUGGCGUACCAUAAAGCCAUGUUGGACUGUAACAGCUUGAAGGUUUCAGCUUUGGUCACGGAUAAAGAGAGGCCCAACAACACGUACCUGGCUGAGGAUGACGUCGUGCUGAUCGACCCUCCCAUCACUCUCACGGUUUUAAGUUAUGCCAAAGUGGGUCGUAGGACAAGAGCGGAAGUGACUUUCCUGAACCCGACGCGCAACGAGACGCUGACCAACUGCACUUUGACCCUCUCCGGAAGUGGACUGAUGAAACACGAGGUGGUAUUCAAGAUGCCAGAGUUGAAGCCAAACAACCGUAUUCAUGUCAAGUUCUCCUUCGUUCCCUACAAGUCCGGUAAGAGGACUCUGGUGGCCGACAUCGACUGCUCCACCUUCAGAGACAUCAAGGCCAGCUGCAUCGUCAACGUCCAGCCGUAAACUCUUUACGAAACAAAUCGCCAGGUUUAUAGCUCUUUAUGAGGUGUUUUUACUUUGAAAUCAUUCAGGGGCUUUCAGAAGGAAGACAAAUUGUUUUUAAUCAAUGGAGGCUACAUUAUUUAUAAAAAGUAGUUAUACGUAUACACUAUUAACUGUGGUUUUAAUUUACACAUGUUUACUUUCCACUUUGCAUUAUGGUCUUUUUCUUGGUACUGCUACACCUAUUACUCCUGUUGUGGUGUUAAAUAUUGGUAUAAUGGAAUAUAUAUAAAAUAUAAUUAUUGUUUUAUUGCAAACUUUAAACUUUCGAAAUCUAACGAACAAUGUAGGCCUGUAAUCAUUUAUAAUUAUACAAAUCAAGUAAAGCAAACUGCUCGCCGCAAGGCAUAAACGAAAUAAAAAUGUACAUUUAUCAUCUCAAAAUAACCAAUAAUAUCAAAAGAGUCGGCCUGUGAAACCCUAAUAGUUGGCACCGCCAUGGUUCCUUCAAUAAAAAGCUUUUUGAUUAUUGUAUGAUACUUAACAUUCUCCCAAAAAUGUAAGCUGUGUUCACAUAUGAACACCACUUACCUGAUUACCGAAGCA